UUCCCACAAGGCGGCAGCGUGAUGCGUCACCGCACUUGCGUGAAGUCGUGACGCCAGUCUCGCGGGAUGAGACUUGUUCGCUGAGAUUUUCUGUGAGACUGGAGACUAGGAGCCUGCAGUUCGUAGUUUUGCGGCAGCUGUAAGUACUGUUGGACUGUGUAGAAGCUGCCAAUAUGAACGCUGUGUAGUGGAAAGAACAUGUAGCCACCAUAGCAACCGCCUUCCUUUCCGAAGUGUGCAGCUCGCUUACAACAAGGGACCCUAUAAUCCAAUACACUAGUAAAGCAUUUAGUUGCUACUGGAUAACAAACUGCCGUGUCUGGGGGCUCACGGUGGGAUGAACAACUCGCUCAGAAAUUGGGGAGAGAGAGACAAAGAGAGACUGUUCCAGCCUGGGGGUAGCCCAGCAUGGCUGCUGCUUCGUAUGAUCAGUUGGUAAAGCAAGUGGAGGCGUUGACGAUGGAGAAUACAAACCUUCGACAAGAAUUAGAAGACAAUUCCAAUCAUCUUACAAAACUUGAGACUGAGGCAACAAACAUGAAGGAGGUUCUCAAGCAGCUGCAAGGAAGUAUUGAGGAUGAGGCAAUGGCUUCUUCUGGCCCAAUUGAUCUUCUGGAACGUUUUAAAGACCUAAAUCUGGACAGCAGUAAUAUCCCUGCAGGCAAGGCUAGGCCAAAGAUGUCUAUGCGUUCUUAUGGAAGCAGAGAAGGCUCUCUUUCUGGUCAUUCAGGUGAAUGCAGUCCGGUACCUGUGGGUUCAUUUCAAAGGAGAGGCCUUUUAAAUGGAAGCAGAGAAAGUGCUGGGUAUAUGGAAGAACUUGAGAAGGAAAGGUUAUUACUUAUUGCUGAGCACGAAAAGGAAGAAAAAGAAAAGCGCUGGUACUAUGCCCAACUUCAGAACCUUACCAAGAGGAUCGAUAGCCUUCCUCUUACAGAAAAUUUUUCCAUGCAGACUGAUAUGACCAGAAGACAACUGGAGUAUGAGGCCCGGCAAAUCAGAGCUGCAAUGGAGGAGCAGUUGGGAACAUGUCAAGACAUGGAGAAGCGAGUACAGACAAGAGUGGGUAAAAUACAUCAAAUAGAGGAAGAGAUAUUACGUAUUCGACAACUGUUGCAGUCUCAGGUGGCAGAGGCAGCAGAGCGGACUCCACAGAGCAAGCAUGAUGCAGGCAGCAGGGAUGCUGAGAAGCUGCCCGAUGGACAGGGAACCUCUGAAAUCACGGCAUCUGGCAAUGUUGGAAGCGGACAGGGUUCAUCCAGUAGAGCAGAUCACGACACAACCAGUGUUAUGAGCUCUAACAGCACUUACUCUGUUCCGCGAAGGCUUACAAGUCAUCUUGGUACAAAGGUUGAAAUGGUAUAUUCACUUCUAUCAAUGCUUGGCACUCACGACAAGGAUGAUAUGUCUCGGACUCUGUUAGCCAUGUCAAGUUCUCAAGACAGCUGUAUUGCUAUGCGCCAGUCUGGAUGCCUUCCUCUUCUCAUUCAGUUAUUGCAUGGCAACGAUAAAGACUCUGUGCUGCUGGGAAACUCGCGUGGAAGCAAAGAGGCCCGUGCUAGGGCUAGUGCAGCACUGCAUAACAUCAUUCACUCUCAGCCUGACGACAAGCGAGGCAGAAGGGAAAUCCGAGUCCUUCACCUUUUGGAGCAGAUCCGGGCUUACUGCGAAACAUGUUGGGAAUGGCAAGAAGCACACGAGCAAGGAAUGGACCAGGAUAAGAAUCCAAUGCCUGCCCCAGUUGACCACCAGAUAUGUCCUGCUGUUUGUGUGCUGAUGAAAUUAUCAUUUGAUGAAGAACACAGGCAUGCAAUGAAUGAACUUGGUGGACUGCAGGCUAUUGCUGAGCUUUUGCAAGUAGAUUGUGAAAUGUAUGGACUUAUUAAUGACCACUAUAGUGUUACAUUACGGCGAUAUGCUGGGAUGGCAUUGACAAAUCUCACUUUUGGUGAUGUAGCUAACAAGGCUACACUGUGCUCAAUGAAAAGUUGCAUGCGAGCUCUUGUAGCUCAGCUUAAAUCUGAAAGUGAAGAUUUGCAACAGGUUAUUGCAAGUGUUUUAAGGAAUUUAUCCUGGAGAGCAGAUGUGAACAGCAAAAAAACCCUUCGAGAGGUGGGAAGUGUGAAGGCUCUAAUGGAAUGUGCUCUGGAUGUAAAGAAGGAGUCCACUCUGAAAAGUGUGCUAAGUGCCUUGUGGAAUUUGUCAGCUCACUGCACAGAGAAUAAAGCAGAUAUCUGCUCUGUAGAUGGGGCGUUGGCAUUUCUAGUUAGCACAUUAACUUACCGAAGUCAAACCAAUACUCUGGCCAUCAUUGAGAGUGGAGGUGGAAUACUACGUAAUGUGUCCAGUUUGAUUGCUACUAAUGAAGACCACAGACAAAUCCUAAGGGAGAACAACUGUUUGCAGACCUUACUACAGCACUUGAAAUCACACAGCUUGACUAUUGUAAGCAAUGCCUGUGGGACCCUGUGGAAUUUAUCAGCACGAAAUGCGAAAGACCAGGAGGCCCUCUGGGACAUGGGGGCAGUCAGCAUGCUCAAAAACCUUAUCCACUCAAAGCACAAGAUGAUAGCUAUGGGCAGUGCUGCAGCUUUAAGAAACUUAAUGGCAAACAGACCGGCAAAAUACAAGGAUGCCAAUAUUAUGUCCCCUGGCUCAAGUGUGCCAUCUCUUCAUGUUCGGAAACAGAAAGCAUUGGAAGCGGAACUAGAUGCACAACAUUUGUCUGAGACAUUUGACAAUAUUGAUAAUUUAAGCCCCAAAACCACCCACCGCAAUAAACAAAGGCAUAAGCAGAACUUGUGCAGCGAGUAUGCUUUGGAUUCUAGCAGGCAUGAUGAUUCGAUAUGCCGCUCAGACAAUUUUAGUAUUGGUAAUUUGACUGUUCUUUCUCCAUAUAUUAAUACAACUGUGCUACCAGGGUCAUCUUCACCUCGACCAACUAUGGAUGGUAGCAGGCCUGAAAAAGACAGGGAAAGAACAGCAGGUCUCGGCAACUACCAUUCGACAACUGAAAGUUCUGGAAAUUCUUCCAAGCGUAUUGGCAUACAGUUGUCAACUACAGCUCAGAUUUCUAAAGUUAUGGAUGAGGUAUCAAAUAUUCACUUGGUCCAGGAAGACAGAAGUUCAGGGUCUGCUUCUGAAAUGCACUGCAUGUCAGAUGAAAGAAAUUCACAAAGGAAACCUUCCAGCAAUCACCCCCAAUCAAAUCCAUUCACUUUCACUAAAGCAGAGAGUUCCACGAGGGGUUGUCCUGUAGCAUUUAUGAAAAUGGAAUACAAAAUGGCAUCAAAUGAUAGUUUAAACAGUGUCAGCAGCACAGAAGGGUAUGGGAAACGUGGCCAAGUAAAACCAUCUGUAGAGUCUUACUCUGAGGAUGAUGAAAGUAAAUUUUUUAGUUAUGGGCAGUAUCCUGCAGGCCUAGCACACAAAAUUCAGAGUGCAAACCACAUGGAUGAUAAUGAUACAGAACUAGAUACACCAAUAAAUUAUAGUCUGAAAUAUUCAGAUGAGCAGUUGAAUUCUGGUAGACAAAGCCCAACACAGAAUGAGAGGUGGGCAAGACCAAAGCAUAUAAUAGACAGUGAAAUGAAACAAAGUGAACAGAGGCAGCCUCGAACCACCAAAACAACAUAUAGUUCCUACACUGAAAAUAAAGAAGAAAAGCAUAAAAAUUUCCCACUCCAUUUCAACCAACCAGAAAAUACACCUGCUUACACCAGAUCAAGGGGGACAAACAACCAAGUAGACCAGUCUAGAGUAAGCUCUAAUCUCCCAAACAAUUCAAAGGCUUCCAAAACUCAUUGUCAAGUUGAUGACUAUGAUGACGAUAAAACAUCAAAUUUUAGUGAACGCUAUUCUGAGGAAGAACAACAGGAAGAUGAAACUGAAACAAGACAAAGCAAGUACAAUAUUAAACCUUAUGCCUCAGAAGAACACCACGGGGAACAGCCAAUUGAUUACAGCCGAAAGUAUUCUACAGAUGUUCCUUCAUCAGCACAGAAACCAUCCUUCCCAUAUUCAAAUAACCCCUCAAAGCAAAAACCCAAAAAAGAGCACGUUUCAUCCAGCAGUAAUACUCCAACUCCAUCACCAAACUCCAAUAGACAAAAUCAACUUCAUCCUAACUCUGCUCAAUCCAGACCUGGGCUAAAUAGACCAAAACAAAUUUCUAACAAGCCACCUUCUAUUAACCAAGAGACUAUUCAAACAUAUUGUGUUGAAGAUACGCCCAUAUGUUUUUCACGAGGCAGUUCUUUAUCUUCGCUCUCAUCUGCUGAAGAUGAGAUUGAAGGACGGGAAAGAAGUUCAAGGGGACAAGAAUCGAAUAAAACUCUUCAAAUAACAGAGCCUAAAGAAAUCCAGAGUGCAGCCUCCAAGGAUAGUUCAGUAAAUGAAACCCGUUCAUCAGUACACCAUACACGGACCAAAAACAACAGACUCCAAACAUCUAACAUUUCACCCUCUGAUUCAUCCAGGCAAAAAUCUGUUGAAUUUUCAUCAGGUGCUAAGUCACCAUCAAAGAGUGGUGCCCAAACACCUAAAAGCCCACCAGAACAUUAUGUCCAAGAAACACCUUUAAUGUUUAGUAGAUGCACAUCAGUGAGCUCAUUGGAUAGUUUUGAGAGUCAUUCUAUUGCUAGCUCAAUAGCUAGCUCUGUGGCAAGUGAGCACAUGAUUAGUGGAAUUAUAAGCCCUAGUGAUCUUCCUGAUAGCCCUGGUCAAACAAUGCCUCCAAGCAGAAGUAAAACACCACCACCUCCUCAAACAGUGCAAGUUAAAAAAGAUGUCAGUAAGCCUAAAGUAUCUGGUGAAGAAAGGGAAAAAGUUCCAAAGCCGACAGCAGUACAUUCUGCAAUUCAAAGAGUCCAAGUGCUUCAGGAAGCAGAUACUCUGCUGCAUUUUUAUACUGAGAGUACACCUGAUGGAUUUUCAUGUGCAUCCAGUCUUAGUGCUUUAAGUCUGGAUGAACCAUAUAUUCAGAAAGAUGUAGAGCUGAAAAUUAUGCCACCUGUUCUGGAAAACGAUCAAGGGAAUGAAGCAGAGUCAGAAAAGGAGGUUAUAGACAAUAAAAAUAAAAAGGAAGAUAAAAGAUCAGAACAAGAAAAAGAUAUGCUUGACGACACAGAUGAUGAUAUUGAUAUACUAGAAGAAUGUAUAAUUUCUGCUAUGCCCAGGAAACUGUCAAGGAAAAACAAGAAAGUUCCACAGCCAACGUCUGGAAAACCACCACCACCAGUUCCAAGAAAACCAAGUCAGUUACCUGUAUAUAAACUACUUUCCUCUCAAAAUAGACUUCAGACUCAAAAGCAUGUUAAUUUCACUAAUUCAGAUGAUAUGCCUAGAGUGUACUGUGUUGAAGGAACACCAAUAAAUUUUUCGACUGCAACAUCUCUUAGUGAUCUCACAAUAGAAUCCCCACCAAAUGAACUGGCAAAUAAUGAUCAGCCAAAUACUGUCUCACUGUCCACAGACUUCGAAAAGAGAGACACUAUUCCUACUGAGGGAAGGAGUACAGAUGAGACAGAUGCAAGUAAACAUUUAAAUCCUUCUACCUCAGUACUUGAUGAGGAUAAAGCUGAGGAAGGUGAUAUUCUUGCAGAAUGCAUACAUUCUGCAAUGCCUAAAGGGAAAAGUCACAAACCGUACAGAGUAAAAAAAAUAAUGGAUCAGAUUAACCACACAUCAGCUGGAACGUCCUCAUGUAACAGCAGAAGUAUGCAGGAAAUUGAAAAAAAUAAGCCAACCUCACCAGUAAAACCUAUGCCACAAACUAUUGAGUUCAAAGAACGCUUAAAGAAAAAUACAGAGUCAAAACUAAGCCCUAGUAGUGAAAACCAGUACUGUGAUCCAAGGAAACAGAAUAAUAAAAAACCCUCAAAAGAUGCAAAUGAAAAGAUUCCGAACAAUGAAGAGAAAACUAAAGGAUUUGCAUUUGAUUCCCCUCACCAUUAUACUCCAAUUGAAGGGACACCAUACUGUUUCUCGAGAAAUGAUUCAUUAAGUUCCCUAGAUUUUGAAGAUGACGAUAUUGAUCUUUCCAAAGAAAAGGCAGAGUUAAGAAAAGAAAAGGGAACAAAGGAUACUGACCAAAAAGUAAAAUACAAAAAUGAGAAUCCAGCUAUAAAUCAGAGGGGUAAACAAAAUCAGGUUGGACCAAAGAGCUUAGGAGGAAGAGAUCAACCAAAAGCAUUAGUACAAAAACCAACUUCAUUCUCUCCUGCAGCAAAAGGAACGCAAGACAGAGGGGGUGCUACAGAUGAGAAAAUGCAGAAUUUUGCCAUUGAAAAUACUCCUGUUUGCUUUUCUCGGAAUUCAUCCUUGAGUUCACUAAGUGAUAUUGAUCAAGAGAACAAUAAUAAAGAAACUGAGCCUUUAAAACAAACCGGAACAUCUGAAACACAGCUAGGACUGCGCAGACCUCAAACUUCAGGGUAUGCACCUAAAUCUUUUCAUGUGGAGGACACACCAGUGUGUUUUUCUAGGAACAGUUCUCUCAGUUCUUUGAGUAUAGACUCUGAAGAUGAUUUGCUACAGGAAUGCAUAAGUUCUGCAAUGCCCAAGAAAAGGAAGCCUUCAAAAAUUAAGAAUGAAGGGGGGAAAAGUCGUUCAAAUAGUGUUGGUGGCAUUUUGGCUGAGGAACCAGAUCUUACACUGGAUCUGAGAGAUAUUCAAAGCCCUGAUUCUGAAAAUGCAUUUUCUCCAGACUCUGAAAACUUUGACUGGAAAGCAAUUCAGGAAGGUGCAAAUUCAAUAGUGAGUCGUUUACAUCAAGCUGCUGCUGCUGGUUCACUCUCCCGACAAGGCUCUUCAGAUUCUGAUUCAAUUCUUUCAUUGAAAUCAGGAAUUUCCUUGGGAUCCCCAUUCCAUCUUACUUUAGACAAGGAGGAAAAGACUAUCACUAGUAACAAAGGGCCAAAAAUUUUAAAGCCAGCUGAGAAAAGUGCACUCGAAAAUAAAAAAACUGAAGAGGAACCUAAAGGAAUUAAAGGUGGCAAGAAAGUUUAUAAGAGCUUAAUAACAGGGAAAUCACGUUCCAGCUCAGACUUCUCAAGUCAUUGUAAACAAUCAGUGCAAACAAAUAUGCCCUCCAUCUCCCGUGGAAGAACAAUGAUCCAUAUUCCUGGUGUUCGUGCUAGCUCUCCCAGCACAAGUCCUGUAUCAAAGAAAGGGCCUGUUUUUAAAAAUGUACCAUCGAAAGGUUCAAAUGAAAACCCUAGUUCUAGUAGUUCACCCAAAGGUACAAAACCUUUAAAAUCAGAAUUGGUAUAUGGCAGCAGGCCAUCAUCAACACCAGGUGGAUCAAGUAAAGGAAACUCCAGGUCAGGAUCUAGAGAUUCUGCUUCUUCAAGGCCAUCUCCACAACCAUUAAGCAGACCGUUGCAGUCUCCUGGUCGGAACUCUAUUUCACCUGGUAAAAAUGGAAUAAGUCCCCCAAACAAAUUUUCGCAAUUGCCAAGGACCACAUCACCUAGUACAGCAUCUACAAAAUCAUCUGGCUCAGGAAGAAUGUCUUAUACAUCCCCAGGGAGGCAGCUGAGUCAACCGAACCUUAGCAAACAAUCAGGACUGCCCAAAACUCAUAGUAGUAUACCUCGAAGUGAAUCCGCAUCAAAGAGUUUGAACCAAAAUGUAAACACUGGCUCAAACAAAAAAGUAGAACUGUCUAGAAUGUCCUCCACAAAAUCCAGCGGAAGUGAAUCUGACCGAUCCGAGAGACCUGCUUUGGUGCGCCAGUCUACCUUUAUUAAGGAAGCACCUAGCCCUACAUUAAGGAGGAAACUGGAAGAAUCUGCAUCAUUUGAGUCCUUAUCUUCCUCCUCAAGAGCAGAUUCUCCACCAAGAUCUCAAACUCAGACACCUGCUUUAAGCCCCUCUCUUCCCGAUAUGGCUUUAUCAACGCACUCCAUUCAAGCUGGGGGAUGGCGAAAAAUGCCUCCCAACCUGAAUCCUGCUGCAGAACAUGGGGAUAGCCGCAGACGUCAUGACAUAAGUCGAUCGCAUUCAGAGUCUCCAUCCAGGCUUCCAAUCACACGAUCAGGUACGUGGAAACGUGAACACAGUAAACAUUCAUCUUCACUUCCUCGUGUUAGUACGUGGAGAAGAACUGGAAGCUCAUCAUCCAUUCUUUCUGCUUCAUCCGAAUCUAGUGAAAAAGCAAAGAGUGAAGAUGAAAAGCAGCAGGUAUGUUCCUUUCCAGGACCUAGAUCAGAGUGCUCGUCUUCUGCAAAAGGAACUUGGAGAAAAAUAAAAGAGAGUGAAAUUCUUGAGACCCCCAGUAAUGGCUCAUCAAGUACUAUUGCGGAGUCCAAUUGUAGUUUAGAAUCUAAAACUUUAGUUUACCAAAUGGCUCCUGCUGUUUCUAAAACUGAGGAUGUAUGGGUAAGGAUCGAGGAUUGCCCAAUUAAUAAUCCAAGAUCGGGAAGGUCCCCUACUGGUAACUCUCCACCAGUUAUUGAUAAUGUUUUAGAUCAGGGUCAAAAGGAAGAGGCAGCAAAGGAUUGCCAUACCAGGCACAAUUCGGGCAAUGGGAAUGUACCUUUGCUGGAAAAUAGACAGAAAUCAUUUAUUAAAGUGGAUGGCUUAGAUACUAAGGGAACUGACCCAAAGUCUUUAAUAAACAACCAGCAAGAGACAAAUGAAAAUACUGUUGCUGAGCGUACAGCAUUUAGCUCAAGCAGCUCCAGCAAACACAGCUCGCCAAGUGGAACUGUUGCAGCGCGAGUCACACCCUUUAACUAUAACCCCAGCCCCAGAAAAAGCAACGGCGAGAACAGCACAUCACGACCUUCCCAGAUUCCCACCCCAGUGACUAAUAGUACAAAGAAACGGGACUCCAAAACAGAAACAACAGACUCUAGUGGAUCUCAGAGCCCCAAAAGGCACUCUGGUUCUUAUCUGGUGACUUCGGUUUGAAACGAACUUAUAAGAAAACUGAUGUAUUAUUUAAAUCUGUUAAUGUAUAUUGUUAAAAGACACGUAUAUAAGACAAAGGCUGUAAAUAUAUUUGACUUUUAGUGGGAAUUGUCUAGGAAGCCAUAAUUUAAAAAACAAAUCCAUUCAUCAUUUACUGCAGGAGACCAACAAAGUGAAAAUCAUUAAAAACACUUGCAAGAAUAUUUGUAGAAAGAUUUUACAUAAACCUCUUCAGUAGCAAAGAAAAUUCUUUGAUGGACUUUUUAUUAAUCUAAUAAUCCUUAUCCACGGAUUCUAUCCCCCUGUACAAUAUUGGAUGUUACCAUAAACCCUACUUAAUGUAGUCGUUUCAAUAUGUUCUAGGAGACUAACUGACAUAACCACAUCAGGGAUAACCGGUAUUUAUGCAGAAAAAGUAUUGUUUUAGUAAUUGUGAAUCAAUUUAAGUGUGCAACUAACCAUGUGACUGUGAAAUUCACAGCCCUGUGGUUUCUACUGAAUUUUUAUCAAGGACUGUCUCUAGCCUCGCUUUACUGCAUGACAGAAUUGACCCUUCAGUUACUUUCUGAAGUAAUGGUUUUUGCUCCCAUCGUGCAUAGGUACAAUAUCUGUGGUGUAACAAUUUGCACAAGUUUGUGCUCGGCAAGAAUAGGAAAUCUGUGUUACUGGUAAAUUGCUGCCCAGGAUAGUUCUCCAUGGACUGUGUUUCCUCAAAGUAGUCAUUUGCUAUGCUAUAUGUUGUAUAUUCUGGUAUUUGAGGUAAGAUGGCUGCUCUUUUAUGAAUGAGACAGAAAGUCUCUACAUGACCUAAGUGAACAUUUCUGAAUAAAUUAAUACUGUAUGUAAAUUCUAAAUUUGUCUUUAUUGUGAGCUGUUAGGUGGCAUGCACAUGCUGUCUUUUUGUAUGUCUGAUUAAUGAAUGAAGGGAAAAGGUAACUUGUUUUAUUUAUUUAUUUUUUUGCAGUACUGUUUAAAAAAAUGAAGUGUUGCCAGGUGCAGGAGAUAGACAAAAUAAUGGAAACAAACUAAAAAAUUAGCUGAAUCAUUAUACAAUAACAUUUUGUAGGCUGCAUUUUGAAGUGGCUUUAAUUCUUUGAUAUGAUGAUUUUUAUAAGAUUCUAAUGGGAUGUCCAAAUUCCAAUAACCCAAAGGAAUGAUCAUGUGGCAAUGGUGGAUAAUAUGUUGUCUCCAUUCAACCUGCUUUGUGAAGGUUUUAUUGUUAUAUAAACAUAUUGAGGAAACAAUGUGGCUAUGACUGGCUGUAAUUCUCCAAUGCACAGACACUGUGAUGGCAGUCCAUAACACAACAGGCAAUGUAGGUUUCAGGUCUCCUUUGGCUUUUAUUGUUCCAACAAUACCUGAACUUAAAUUAUACCCUAGUAAAAGCUGUUUUUUUCAGUGGCGCUAAAUAUACCACAACAGCAUACCAAAUAGCUCCUUUUUUUCUCUUGACAAGGCAUUGUUUUGUUGCUGAGAUUACAUUUUGUAAUGGAGAAUUCUGCUUUACAUUUGAUAGAUCCUAUCUGCAAACUCAGUUUACAGCACUGCUUUGGUUAGGGCUAUUAUUAGCAUGAUGGCUUGGAAUAAACCCUAUUCAUUUCUUUGACAGUUGACUGGACCUGCCGGUGCAUUUAUUGGUUCCGGCAAUUGUCACUUGAUUGCCAUAGUAGUUAAGGGGAUGACUACUGAUGUUUUUGUUACCCACUUUUCGAGCUGGAAAGCACUUGGGUAUCAGCUGGUUAAACCACCCUGUCUGACAGGGCAAAACAGCAUCCACAACUUUCUCUAAAAACACGGCAAACUUGCUUUUCCCUUUGAGACAUGGUCAUAAACAGGGUUGUCCACCUGGGGCACUUUGGACUGUAUGCAGAGAUAGUAAAAGGGGCGAGUGAUAUUUUAAUAUAAUAUGCCUUCAGUGGCUUUUUAUUGUCUUAGUUUCCUCAUGGUGUUCCUUUGACUUUUUCUAAACAUAAUGUCACUGAAUUGCUAUAUUCAGAAUUAAAAAUGAUUCAAUGGGCCAUAUUACCUGUCUCUAGAGAUGUGAAGACCAGCUUUUAAACUUAUUACACCAUCUGGCUUUCAGUUUUUAAUUGGUCUUUCCACCAGUCAUAAUAUACAAUAAAGGUUUGCAGAGAUUUGGUAAGAGUUGGAUAUUCUGUUUUGUAUCUACGAUCUUGUAGGCUUGUUCAUUUCUAUUUUACAUUUAAUGGACAUAUUGUGUUAAAUGUCCAUCUGUCCCUGCCUUUGUGCUUUGGUUUGUACUGCUGUUACUCCUAAUGAACUUAAACCUUGUGUGAAAUGUGCUGGGAAACUUGCUGCUUCCAGAUGUUGUUGAAAUGCAAUCCCCAAAGUCCCAUAAAACAGCUGUAGGGACAGAUUGCUGUAUUCUGUAGCUUGUAGAAACAACAAUGAAUUUAUUAAAUGUUUUAAUGAAGAUGAAAGCAAUAAGCAGCAGCUCAGACAAUUUCAAGAUAACUACAGCGUGCCCAUGCCUGGUGAAUGCCAUAAUGAUCUGCCAGAUAGCGAAUCUUGCACUUAUUAAAGUAUCUGCAGCCAAGUAUUGGCAGCUCAGUCUGAAAUACGUAAAAAAAUACUUUUAAUUGCAUAGAAAAAUGUAAAAACAAUUUGCAAUGGUUUCCAUUAUUUUGUCUACUGCUGUAAACUUAAAUAGUGCUUUUUUUCCCCCGAUUUUUCUCACUUAUCAUACUCUAUCAUAAAUAUUUUUUCACUUCAUAAAUUAUUACGGUCCUGUGAAAGUCACACUUUUCCCUGAAUAAUUUAAUUGAAAAAACUUUUUCCCCUUUAAGUAUGAUUCACACUUUUUUUUGCCAAGGUAGUAUGCAAAGUGAAUUUUACAGUUUUUAUAAUAAAAACAACUUGAAACUUU